AUGUUUAUAGGCGUCCACUGGUCGUUGUUACAUAAGACCAGUGUAUGUUCAAAAGCUACAUUGUUCUUAAUUCUCUGCAUCUCGUUAACAGUUAUUUCGCCUUUCUUGAUUGUGUAUCGCACCCAGGGCUUGUGGAUAAAACAUGCAGAAUAUAGAGAACAGGCAGAUGUCCACUUCAAGCACCAAGUCCUCAUUGUCAGUGACACAGCUUCAGGCCCUCUUGUGUGGUCUACCCAGCCCUCAUUUAAUAAUCUCAUGGGAAAUUAUUUACGUAUUCCAUUAGUAAAGUCAUAUGAAGAGGAUGAAAACCAUGACGGUGUGAAUGAUAGACUAGUCUUCAGCUUGAAUAUUCCUUUACUGAGCAAUGAGUUGGUUUAUGGCACCACACUGUUGCUGACAUUUGACUACAGACUACAUCACAUGUGUGAGUUGAUAAUGGAGGGUGCAGGACUGUUUCAGCAUACUAGUGGAGUUCCCGUGUCAGCUUUUCAUGUCACAACUGACCUAGCCCUGCACCAACGUCAGCCUCUUCCUCCCUCUGGCAUACAUGCUUUAUAUAACGCAUCCAUACUGCCAUCAUCCGUCUCUGACACAAGAAGCUGGAGAUUUCAGGAAAUUUUCUCCAGUUACUGGAAAAGAAAUAUUACGACCAGAUUUACCAACUUGUACACCAGCUGGCAGACAGGACAGAGUGAUUCAUUUACCAUAAAUUUGGUUGUGCAGUACCCAGAACAAACUGUUUUGUAUAUUCCUGGGUUUUGGUAUGUGCUUAAAUGGGCAUGGAUACAAUAUUUUGCUGUCUUAGUGAUCUUGGCAUAUGUUAUUAGUCUGAUUAAGGACUGGGUUUACCAGAACCAGGUUGUGUCAACAUGGGUUCAAUUCCCUUCAAAGAAAGAUGGGUAGAGUUCUGAAUAGAAAUAGCAAAUGUUAUGUGUACAAUUACAAUGCAAUUAUCUAGUCAUAAUCAGUGAUUAAGGGUUUAGAGAGUCAGGUGUUGAUGUUAAUCCAAGAAGUCAUCUUGCCCAUUGUCAUGUAUGUGUCAAUUUUUUGUUUAUAAUCUUAUAUAAUAAUACAGAGUUCAUAAUCUUUAUUGAUAGAACUGUACCGUGCCUACCGUCCAAAGUGUAUAUCAUUGAUUUGUAAAAUCUGUACUUUAAAAAUUAAUUAAUU